AUGAUCAUUUCGGACGAAACUGGCACCCAAAAACUUUUAAAACCUUUAAGCGACGCCUGUCGCAAUCUUUGCGAUAAUCAUUUUAUGGAAUCAAGAACACGUAGAGGUUUCGUAAUUUCGUCUAUUAAUACUUACCCGCUCUACUUUCAGUACCACCAGCAACACUGGUCAUUUAAACUACCUAAACCAAUAUCGCAAGGUAGACAACAAAUUGCAGCCGCAAAUUUACAACAUAAGGCGAGGGCAGCGGUCAACGCCGCGCCCGCGGAAGGCACCGCAGCAGGCAGCCAGCACUUCACGCCGCCCGCCGUCAAUCGAGCGGACGAUGUCUCGCCGGACAUAGACGAGGUACCAUUUUCGGGAUAA